UCUCGCUUUCGAGUUUCCUGGCGAUAAGGGCGUCCCUUCUACACUUAUCGCGAACGGUGUGACGUCGUGUCGCUCUUUGAAUAGGAGUUUGACUCUGUCCUCAUCCCGUUUUCUUGGGAGCUUAUGACGCUAUGUUGGUUGGUGUGCAUAAUGUGCGAACCAGAACCUAUCUACAUAGUCCUGCUACCACUACGGUUGGGAAUUGUCGGAGGCGUUUGCAUCGUGAUAAAUGGCGUUGCCAAGUGGCGAGUUUAUGAUGGCGCUGUUGCUGAUGGUGGCUCAUCUACGCUUUUCCCAGCCCAAAAAUUGGAGGAAAGUGGAUACUGAUUGCCCUGAGCUCGAAUUCUGCUACUGCCAGCUUAUCAAGCGUGGUGCCAAGAUACUUUGUAGGGAUAUUGACAGCAGCGACGAUUUGGCGCGUGAACUUUCUAAGCUCAGCAAUACUUCCAUUUUUCAGCUAACUGUGAAGCAAGUUAACCUUACUGUUCUCCCUUCGUUUUACUUCGCGGAUCUCAAAAUGGUAACACUCUCCUUGAUUCAUACUCCGGUGGAAUAUAUAGAAGAUUCUGCGUUUGCAAACAUAACCAAGCUCAGACGGCUUCAGCUCGAAUCCAAUAGGCUGAAGACUAUUCCGGCUGCGUUUUCGACUCUCGGCGAAUUGACGAUUCUCAUAUUGUCCAGGAACUUCAUUGAAACUGUCAACGUUGAGUUGCGUAAUUUAAAAAAUUUAUCAGAGCUGGACCUUUCCCGUAACCGUAUCAAGAAUCUCCACCCCCUCGCCUUAAGAAAUCUAAAAAACCUUCGAAAACUGCGACUCGGAAAUAAUUAUAUCGAGUCUUUUCCACCUUUCUUUUUCAAGAGGGCCAAGCGUCUGGUCUUUGUUGAUUUGCACAAUAACCGCAUCAAAAUGAUCUAUGAAGCCUUUCAGGGUCUCCUGCAGCUCCAGGAGUUGCUUUUGUUCAACAAUAGCAUCAUAAACAUAGAUAGAUUGUCGAUGGGCAACGUUCCCAACCUACGAAUACUUCGAGCUGCGCACAACUCGAUCACCGACAUCCGCAAGUAUGGACCCGUGAACGUCGCCCUCGUGGAACUGGACCUGCGACACUGUAACAUCUCGAUGGUUGACAGUGAAGCGUUUCGAGCGCUCGGAGAUUUAAAAAAGGUUGACCUUUCGGAAAACUCGAUUUCAUACAUAAAUGGAACGGCCUUCUAUAAGCAGUCAAAACUGGAAAACUUUAAUGCCGCGAAAAACGUUAUAAUUAGCGUGCGUGACACUUUCAAAAAUACUCAGAGGUUGCGCAUCCUGAACUUAUCCAUGAACAGGAUCUCGGAUAUUACGGAAGCUUUUCUAGAGUUACGAAGCCUGACGUCAUUGACACUAACAAUGAACGAGAUACAAUUUGUUGGGGAUUCAACAUUUGAAAACAGUGGUAACCUUAAACGCUUGAACUUGAGCUUUAAUAAGAUACGGUGGCUAGGGAAAAAGAGCUUUAAGGGACUUGUUAACCUGAAACUGCUGUUAAUGAAUAACAAUCUCUUUCUGACGCUGAAUGGUUCCCUCAGCCACAUGCCCAUGCUAAAAUAUAUUUACCUGGAGGACAACCAUUUGGAGGUAUUCAAACCGAGCGACUUCGACAAUGAUCCGCAGCUAGGCUUUAUUUAUGCCUUUCGUAACAACCUAACCAGCGUCAAUGGUGCGUUCAGAAGCCUGAGAAACUUGCAAGUGGUUUUGCUACAGAGAAAUCGGCUGCAGGCCGUUCACAGGCAAAGUUUCCCUCGGUCACUAAACAAACUGCGAACCCUGGUCAUUGAAGCAAACCCAAUUGUAUGUGACUGUCUGCUCUCCUGGCUUAUGACUGAAGCGGUUCACGUAACAAAGCGCGGAGUGCCCAUGUGCCAAGGUCCCGCGUGGCUGGAAGGAAACCUUCUUUACAACUUGACCUUGGAGAAUCUAACAACGUGGAAAGAAGGCUGCGACCCGAAUUGCAUCUGCGAAUGCGUCGACGACGGCGCCUUCGGCAGACACGUGUUCGUGGACUGCUCCGACAGAGACUUGACGCAGCUUCCCGCCACGUUGCCCGCCGACACCAGAGCCCUGGAUCUGAGCGGGAACAAAUUGGAAUCCCUGGAUUCUGGGCCCUCAAACACCGCAGGUCUCGCGAAAAAGGCACCGUUCCUGCGCCUGCUCAAUCUCAGCAACAACUUACUGUCAAGCAUCGAUCCUUCUGAGAUCCCCCAAGGGACAGACGAGCUUUUCCUUCGAGGAAAUAGGCUGUCUCGUUUUCCCAUUGAUCUGGUUUCGAAAUUUAACAUGUCCAUCCUAGAGUUGGCUGGGAAUCCGUGGAACUGUGACUGUGAGGACUACGCAUUCAGGCAAUGGGCAGAGGCCUACACAGAUGUUGUUGAAGAUGCCGAAGAAAUUACGUGCGCCAAAGGCCCAAACCAGCUCGUUUCACUUAAACGGUUUAUGGACCUCGGACAAAAAGACUUGUGCCCAUCAAUGAUGUCUAAAAUCUUGUCUUACGGACUACCUCUUUUGGUGUUGUUGAUAAUCUCCCUGGCGGCAUCGACUGCUUACCUCAGGCACAAGCGGGCGAUCAAAGUAUGGCUGUACGCGCGCGGAGUAUGCAGUUCAUUGCAGUGCAUCAAGGAAGACGACCUAGACGAAGACAAGAUCUUCGACGUCUUCCUCUCGUUCAGCAGCAAGGACUCUAUGUGGGCAUACGAACAGCUCAUCCCCGGCGUAGAGGCCCAUGGCUUCUCGGUCUGCACCUAUGACCGCAAUUUCAAGGGAGGCUUCCUACUCCAGGACAUCAUCCAUGAAGCGGUGUCCUGCUCGAGACGCACUCUCCUGUUGCUGACCAAGAACUUUGUGGAGAGCGAGUGGUGCCGAUGGGAGUUCCGGGUGGCGCACCACCAGGCUCUUGAGGACAAGAUCAACCGUCUAAUCCUGGUCCUCGUGGACGAACUGGCGCCGGGCUUGGUGGACGAAGAACUGCAACUUUAUAUGCAGGCCACCAACUACCUCCGCUGGGGCGAACCACAUUUCUGGGACAAGCUCAUUUACUCGCUGCCGAAGAAGGACGCCAAACGCAAGCUUAUCCUGAGUUCGCAGGAGUACCCGAUGACGGUCCAACCAGAAAGUACCGAGCCUUGAACCAAAAGUCACCAACGUUCAUCAUUCACAUUUCUACCGCCUGUAAAAGCCUUUUCAUCCAUUCACAUUAUCGCGCAUAUUUAAAUGCAACGUGAAAAGAGAAGACAAAAAUAAACACUCCAUUCCCCUA